AGCGUCCAAAAACAAAAACAGCAUAACCAAACGGGCCUAGUAAACUUAUUAUUAACGUUGUCACGGAGCUCCGAUCACUCUCUGCACUCCACCUUACCAAACUCAAAGAAUUCAUAGAUUAACUGGUUCAGAGAACUCACAGAUGACCUAGUUCAGAGAAGUCCAUCGUCACUCGAUCUCUCGAUUUUCUCGAUUCCAUCGUCAUCAUCCUCUCUCUCUCCAGGUUGAUUUGAUAUGGUUGCCUUUUGAAAGAGAUUAUACAUCAGGUUCAAACAGUUUUUAUGGGUCUCUUUCAUCACAAGAAGCUCUUCCUGUCCACACAAGAGAACUCUUAUGACCCAACAUGAACCUUUCUAAUUAGCAUUAAUCAAUGCUUUUCAACCACAAAAUUUGUACAUAAAGGGAAUUCAAGGUAAGCCAGCACCAGCAAUUGAAGAAACUACUGUGCAAAUUGGGAGUUAUUCAGUAGAAGAAAGGAAGGACAAAAUUCUCGGAUAUCUGAAGAAGAGAAACCGAAGGAACUUCAACAAAACUAUCAAGAUAUCUAAAGAUUUUGCCAAUCGUCAAGAAGAUAUAUUAUGCGCUAGCCCUUUGUCCACUUCACACGGGAAUCUAGCUCUUAAAUGAGUGGUGAUUCGGUCUCCAAAUCUGUAUAAUAUGGUGGAUAUGUGGAACUACGCUAUGAUGAUCCAGAGAAGCCUUAGGUGACUGCUACCACCUUAGUAAGGUGUUUCCAGCAGUUUUGAACCCUUUUUCCAAAUAUAUAUAUGCUUGCAAACACGUGAGAAAUAUAUGCCUACCGCUUAUGGAAGAAUUAGGCACUGUUCAGGCUAAGAUAAUCUCAAGAGAGAUCAUCAAACCCUCCUGUCCCACUCCUCCUCACCUCCGAAAUUACAAGCUCUCUUCGUUGGAUCAGCUUACUAAUCGUAACUAUAUACCCAGAGUUCUCUUCUACUCCAACAAUAUUAAUUACUGUGAUAGCCCACACAAUACUACUGCCAACAACAAAUCUCAUCAGCUCAAAAAAUCCCUAUCUGAAACCUUGACCCUCUACUACCCUUUUGCCGGAAUUCUCAAAGGUGACGGAAUCUCCGUCGAUUGCAACGAUGAGGGUGUCGAUUUUUUGGAAGCUCAAAUCCAUUGCCAGCUCUCUGAUAUUCUAAAACCACCUAAGCUUGAGGCACUACACUUGGUGCUUCCAAGUGGCCUGUUAUUGGGAAACAACUCGUACAAAGGUGGUAGUCUAGUAGUCAUUCAGUUCAGUCACUUCACUUGUGGAGGAAUGGCCAUUGGCAUGUGCAUGUCGCACAAAAUAGCCGAUGGCUGCAACAUGGGCACCUUUUUGAACGACUGGGCUGCAAUGGCACGCCAGUCAAUAGUACUAUCCCCUCAUUUCAUUACAGUAUCGGCCAUGUCUUCAGUACCUCCACCGGGUGAUCCAUUCAUUGUGCCUGAAGUUGAGAUUGGGAAAGAGGCUCGUGUCACUAGGAGGUUUGUGUUUGAACCCUCCAAGUUAGCUGAACUCAAGGCUAUGAUCACUUCUGAAUCAGCAGAAAUUGAAAAUCCCACCCGCGUUGAAGCCGUGACAGCACUGCUCUAUAAAUGUGCCAUGACUGCAUCAAAAGCAAACUCAGUACCUUUUACUUUGCGGUCGUCCAUUUUGAGCCAACUAUUGAACAUGCGACCGAAAAUGGUCCCUCCGUUGCAAGAAAAUUCUGUUGGGAAUUUGGUAUGGUACUUUACAAUCUCGGUAACAGAUGAGAAGGAUGUAAAUUUGCAUGGAUUGGUUGGUCAAUUGAGGAAAAAUAGGACAGAGUUCUACAAUAAGUACGCGAAAAAUGUUACAGUGAAUGAAUGGUUCAUAGUAUCACGGAAGCUUCUCAGGGAUUUAAAAGAGCUAUUUGAAAGUAACAAUAGUACUAAUAAUGUUGAUUUUUAUGUGAGUAGCAGCAUGUGUAGGUUCCCAUUUUACAAAGUGGAUUUUGGUUGGGGGAAGCCAAUAUGGGUAUCUACUGCUGGAGGAAAUGUGUUUGAGAAUAAAUUUGUUUUGAUGGAUUCAAAUAGAGAGGGUGGGAUAGAAGCAUGGGUAUCGCUGGGUGAGAUGGAGAUGAGAGCUUUUGAACGUGAUGAGGAGCUACUUUCAUUUGCCCAAUUCAAUCCAAGUGUUUUGGAUUAGUCUGUUUUUAUCAUCGUCAUUGAUCUUUGCUGCUUGUAUCAUGUAUAAUAAAGUGAGAAUUGUUUGUUCAUUUUGUGCACUCAUGUAUAAUAAAGUGUAAAAUUUGUGUAUAAAUUUAAAAUAA